CACUAACAAUAACAAGUAACAACACACACUCUUUUUUUUUUUUCUCUCUCUAUCUGUCUUUCUCUUUCUCUGCCACACAUCACACCCAGCAGUUGCAGCAAAUUGCAGCAGAGGCUGCAGCACUGCUAUGCUGCUGCAGCUCAGCGAGAAAAAGGAAAGCAAAUUACCAAAAAGAAAAACAAAAAAGAAAAAGUGAUAUCACCCAGAAAAAGAGAGAGAGAGAGAAUUAAUUAGAGUUUUGUGUAUAUAUAUCUCGCCCGUUAGCUUGAGUUUUGGGGAUUUUUUGUUAUUAAUUAAAAAAUAAAAAUAAAAACUUGCCCACAUGUUUUUCAAAAGCUUUGAUUUGAUUUCUCUGCUGGUAUUUCACGGAAAAGAGAGAGAAAGACAAGCGGGAAGCUGAAGAAGGCGCUUCUUCAUUUCUCCGGAGUAUAAGUAACGAUCACUGUCGUUUUUAGAGCUAGGGUUUUGAAUCGGAAUCCAUGGCCGGCCUGAUCGAUCUCAACACGACCGAGGACGACGAAGCAGCGCCGCCGUCGUCCAAUUCCUCGGCCUCCACGUCCUCCGCCGCCUCGGCGGCUCUGGAUUCGUCGCCGACGUCUCCACUUCCGUCGCGGCCGGCGUCGGCGAAGACGUCGUCGGUGUGCUUGGAGCUGUGGCACGCGUGCGCGGGUCCACUGAUUUCGCUGCCGAAGAAAGGGAGUGUGGUGGUGUACUUGCCUCAGGGACACUUGGAGCACGUCUCUGACUUCCCUGCUUCCUCGCUCUUCGAUCUCCCUCCUCACCUCUUCUGUCGCGUUGCUGAUGUCAAGCUCCAUGCGGAGGAAGGCACGGACGAGGUUUACGCACAGGUCUCGCUUGUUCCUGAGAACAAGCAAUUUGGGCAGAAAUUGCGGGGAGGAGAAGUUGAUGCUGAUGGUGAAGAGGAGGAUAUUGAUGCUGCUGUGAAGUCCACAACACCCCACAUGUUCUGCAAGACCCUGACAGCUUCGGACACUAGCACUCACGGCGGUUUCUCCGUCCCUCGCCGUGCUGCUGAAGACUGCUUCCCUCCUCUGGAUUACAAUCAACAAAGGCCUUCACAAGAGCUAGUAGCAAAAGAUCUGCAUGGCCUCGAAUGGAGGUUCCGGCAUAUCUACAGAGGGCAACCACGGAGGCAUUUGCUUACCACCGGAUGGAGUGCCUUCGUGAACAAGAAGAAGCUCGUGUCGGGGGAUGCUGUGCUCUUUCUUAGGGCUGAAGAUGGAGAACUGAGAUUAGGAAUUCGAAGGGCUGCCCAAGUUAAAGGCUGUGCUACUUUUUCCACUCUGUACGGUCAGCAGUUGAAUUAUAGUUCUCUGAAAGAUGUGGUUAAUGCUAUAUCUACCAGAAGUGCUUUCAACCUCUUCUACAAUCCAAGAGCAAGCUCGUCAGCAUUUAUUGUCCCCCUCCGAAAGUUCCUGAAAAGCUUGGAUCAUUCGUUUUCUAUUGGCAUGAGGUUCAAAAUGCGUUUUGAAACAGAAGAUGCAGCCGAGCGAAGAUACACAGGACUAAUAACUGGGAUCAGUGACAUGGAUCCUGUUAGAUGGCCUAAUUCAAAGUGGAGAUGUCUAGUGGUAAGAUGGGAUGAUAUAGACUCAAACAGGCAUGGAAGAGUUUCUCCUUGGGAAAUUGAACCGUCUGGUUCUGUUUCUAGUUCCACUAGCAUUAUGGCACCUGGUCUGAAGAGGACCAGGAUUGCAUUGACUUCAGCCAAAGGAGAAUUUCCAGUUCCUAGUGGAAUUGGUGCAUCAGACUUUGGGGAACCUUUGAGGUUCCAGAAGGUCUUGCAAGGUCAAGAAAUUUCCGGUUUUGAUACCCCUUUUGAUGGUAUUGGGAUUCAAGUUCAGCAUCCAUCUGAAAAAAGGAGGUGCUUUCCUGGUUCUAAUUGUUCCGGGAUUGCUGGAAUUGGGAAUAGUGUCAGGAACCUUCAUGUUAAUUCUGACAAUAUUACCUCCAAUGGCAUAGGCUUUGGAGAAUCAUUCAGAUUCCAUAAGGUCUUGCAAGGUCAAGAAAUACAUCCAAGCUCACCACGUGGAAGAGCCCCGACCUCUAAUGAGGACAAUGAAUAUGGUGGCCUAGGAAUCUUUCAUCGUGUUCAGGUGCCAAGCUCUAGAAAUGGGUGGUCUGCUGUUAUGCAGAGCAACACAGCACCUGUUCGCACGUCUGCCCAGUCCGUACAAGUGUCAUCACCGUCGUCUGUGUUGAUGUUCCAGCAAGCAAGUGCUGUUUCAAAGUUCAAUUCAAUGCCUAGUAAUCAUAAUAAGGAGGAACGUAGAACUACAAACCGAAGUUCAUACGUACCUCAAUCAUAUGAUGGAAAGUUUAUGCCAUUCCCAUUCACUGAUUCUGGCUUCGGAGUUGAGGAUCAUGGAGGCAUGAAAUAUGUAUAUUCAUCGGCUGACCGUAAUCAACAUGGCAUUUCAUAUCCUGUUACAGCUCAUCCAGCAUUUAGGAGCAGUCAAGAUGUAGCUUCCUCGUGCAAAAGUAGCUGUAGACUUUUUGGUUUCUCAUUGACUGAGGAAAAAAAUCUUCCAAAUAACAAGAAAAGCUCAACUCCAGCUGCAUCUUCAUUGAGUCCUGGAGUUUCUUUAUUUCCUAAUGGAGGGCACUUGCAUACAAAACCACCUCUGAUGACAAAGCCAGUUGGAAGCAAUUGUACCAAAGAAAUGGCUUUUGACUGGACUGGAGAAAGAAUGGAGUAUUGUUUGCGAGGAUAGUGAAUGACACGCUGCUUAUCAGAGAGAGAUCUAUGGCAGAACUAAAGUGGUACUGUCAAGAAUUAUGAUUCGGUGAAGAUGUUAUCUAGGCGCUUGAGGCGGUGAAGAUGAAGCCUUGAGAUUGUCCAUUAGUUGCUCAGAGUAUGUGUGCACUUCAUUAACUUAGGUUUCAAAGAAGAAAUGUAAUUACGCUUCAAGUAACUUGACAUUGUCCUUUUUAACUUUUUAGCUAUCGAAAAGAACAGUAGUAUGUAAUUUGAAGUCCCUCGUGAUUGUCCUUGUUUGAAAGAGGGCCUAUUUUCAAACUUCUUCCAGUUCUUUCUUUAUAAAGAAAUUGCUUAUGGCAAUUAGCAGACACUGCUCAAAU